AUGUCACUGUUCUCACCCUCUUACCUGCCCUUUCAUUCACUAUCUCCCUCCCCCCCCCUCUUCCGCCCUCGCCUUUCCACCUUCCCCACGGGUAAGCACACUCCUCCCCGUGUUACAUCAUGCAGCACGCACCACGCAUGCAACCCUCCUCUCCUCCUUGCGACCCUCCCCACCCUCUUCCUCGCCAUCCCUUCCUCGGGCUCAACGGAUACAUGCUCUCCGCGCCCGGACGACAUCACCCCGAACUCACCUUCCUCUGUCUUCCCCGUCUUCCGCCCCUCUCCACUCCACCAUCCCUAA